AUGUCCACUUACUCCAUCAACGUCCCUACUGCCACCAUCGGCCAAGCUACAACAUGUCUCACCUGUGGGAUCCGUCUCCCCUCCCUCGAGACCCAGCAGCUCCACCACAAGUCUGACUGGCACACCUAUAACCUCAAGCGCAAGAUGGUCGGUCUCCCUCCCGUCUUUGCCGAAGUCUUUUCUCAACUCGUUACUGCCUCCCGCGAACAGGCAAACCCGGAGGAGGUCGCACAACCAGAGUGUGUUCCUUGCAGCAAAAAGUACCUCUCCUUCCAGGCCUACGACAACCACCUCCAGUCCAAGAAGCACAAGCAGAUCGCCGCAGCCUACGCUAAAAAGCAACAGGAACAGGAACACAACGCAGCUUCCAAACCUACCGAGAACGACACCACCCCUACUGCUGAAUCAUCAAAGGAGACCUCUGGAACAGCAGCAGUAGAACAGCGCCAGCCCAGCGAGACCGUCUGCUUGUUUUGCUCUCACGAGUCGACAGACGCACCCAGCAACUAUGGACAUAUGCGCACCACCCACGGAUUCUUCCUCCCUUCGUCUGAACGUCUGAUCGAUCUCGAGGGCAUGCUCGCCUACCUUGCUGAUAAAUUGGUCGAGAACUCGGACUGUCUCUGGUGUACGCCCUCGGUCUUUUCGACCCACCUGAGACCUGACCAGGAAUUGAACUCUGGAUUCGCCAACUUGGCUAGUGUCCGGAGACACAUGGUCGACAAGGGUCACUGCAAGCUUGCCAUGGAGCAUGGUGCUGACAGAGAGUACGCUGAUUUCUACUUGCCCGAGAAUUCCUUUGACUCUGAUGACGAAGAAGGACUUGAGAAUGCAGAGCAGCACAAGGAGUCGUCACAGGAGGAUAGCUCGAUGGACGAGGAUGAACAGAGACUGAACAUGGUUCUCAUGGACGACGAGGGCAACUGGAUCCUGGACGAGCAUACAUCCAAAAACUCUGGAAUCCGCGUCGACCCCCUCACCAACGAACUCGUCCUCAACAACCGUCGUCUCGCCCACAAGGACGCCGCUCGUCGUCAAAAGGUCGAAUCCCGUACCGUCGUCCUGGCUUCGUCCCGCCCCAAUCAGCGUCGCCCUUCCACCGAAGAAGAAGAACAGGAGACCUCUGAACAGUCUACCGAAUCGGGCACAAACGGCACCAGGACAGAAGUCUUGUUGGCCUCGGAUGUCCACCACCCCAACGUCAAGCUCUCCAACUCUCUUCUCAAGUCCCAGAACCAGCUCUCGGCAUCCAACCUGGCUCUGAGUGUUCAGCAGCGCCAGGAGGUUGCUCUCAAGAAUGCCAAAUCUCAGGAUUAUGAAUCGACCAAGCGGGAGAGGAUGGCCACCCAAAACGCCAUCAAGACCAACAGUCAUGGCCGCCGUCGUUAUGCCGCCACCUAUGGUAUCAACGUGUAA